CCCUGACAUGGAAUCAGUCGUGGGACGGUGGACCUCCCGGUCUGAUCUGCUGCAAGCCUGCAUCGAGCGCCCCGUGGCACAUGCAGAUAUAGAAUUGCGCUAAGAUGGAGAAGACUCUGAUAUAUGAUGGGGAAGCUUCGUCCGCUGUCAAGGCCAAGGCGUCCCUUGUCUCUGCCCUAUCUGGUUCCCGCUUCCCUUCAACACAACUUGGUCGUACACACAUCAUCUGUACAUCCUUCAGCAAGAAUUCUUCGACAUGGACGCUAGCAAGGAAAGGAACACGAAGAGGGAGGAGGAUACGACGUCGACGACACCAUCCAAGAUCUCAAGCCUGUUCCCCGACUGGUUGGUAUGGUACAAGAAGCCGGAGUACAGGGACUUCAAGGAAUAUGCCACCGCCAUCCGGACUGGAAGGAGGCCCCUGAGUAGGGACGGGAGAGACAAGAGUCCUAUUCCAGUACGGUUAAGUCUGGAGAGGGUUCUGAACAACCAGACUUGCUCGCCAAUGUCACUGUAUGACUUCUACAUGUAUCUCAAGUACAUCGAGUUCUCACCCGAGAACCUCGAGUUCUUCGUCUGGUUCCGCAACUACGAAGUGUCGUACGCAAAGACCGGAAGUCUCAACGACUUCCCCAUGAUAGAGAAGAACAUCGACCAGUCAUCCUCAUCACGAGACAGCAUGACAGACAGCGCAGUAGACGCAGCGGGCAUGAAGCUUCCUUCCAUCCAAAUGUCCGAGUUUGAGUGUGACCCCGAAACAGCCACCGAGACUAUGGCCAACAUCGUCCACCUCAUCUCCCCGGAGACCGCAUGCAGACCCAACAGCAAAGUUGGCCCAAAUGGUCGCGAUCGCAUCAAGUCAUGGGCCAACGCCUGUGCGAGGCCCAUCUGCGCCAACAAUGUCCCAGCCGUCAUACCGACCCGCAUCGCCCCGACCUCGGCAUACCGCAUCGCGCUCAACGCCGUCGUCAACACAUUCCUUGUCCCUAAUGCCGAGAAGGAGCUCAACAUUCCGCCUGCACUUCGCGAUACCGCUCUCCUCAACCUCCAGAACUCAUCCGACCCGAUCCACCUCAAGCCUAUCGCAGAUCAUGUCUACGGUCUCCUGAAGAACUGCUCCCACCGCAACUUCGUCCGCCUCGGUGUUUCUAACGGAACUUUCGAGACGCUAUGCAUGGCCACCAGCUUCGGCAUCGUCCUGACCAUCGGCGGCUUCCUCUGCGUCCUCCUCAAGGCCUUCGUCCCCUUCAUGGGCGCCAACAGCCGGUGGAACGCAUUCGCCCCCUGGCCGAUGUGGUGCGUCGGCAUGUCUCUUAUCAUCUCUGGUCUUCGUGGUAGCUGCUUCUUCCUGCUGCUCUUCACCAGACGUCAGCCCCUUCCCUGGGAACGCUUCGACGACAACGACUCUCUUCUAUCGCAACGUUCCGGUCUCAUGAAGUUUAUGUCAAGGAUGAUGAUCUUUGAUCGCAAAAUCCGUGUCAAGGAUGUCCACUUGCGUAGGCUGCAACACAAGAUUGUCCUUCAGGCCAUGGUCGGCGGCGCGAUCUUUGCGAGUCUGAGCACGUUGAUUUUCAUCUUCCUGCCCGUGUGGUCGCAGACGGUGAUGCCCCAUAUGUGAAAGUUGCGGAUGUGGUCGACGGACCUGUACUAUGACGGAAGUGUUUUGAUAUAUAUAUUCUUUUAGGACUAACGUCUGAUAUCCCUGGGCGGCCAAAAUCUAUUUUCUUUUGUUUGUUUCAACAAUCCCUUUUCUUCUUUCAUAUUGAUGUAUAAGUUUGGCCGGUGCGCCAUUCAUGAGAUCUAUUUAGACUAGAGAGACUCAAAGCAUUCAUGGUCAUAUUUGAACCCAUACUGUUACUUCAAGGUAUCUGUGACAAGUCCACUGCUCGCUGAAAAGCACUUGUUCUCUUAGACUCCUUGAUCAACCCGGUUGAUGGGACUGGCGAAACGAGGUCUGGCAGCGCUGUGAA